AUCCACCAACUAUCCCCUGAUUUUCCCAACCAUUUUCCAUCGCUUUCUCGAAAAAACAGACAGAUAACAGCGUUUUAUUUUCGAUUUCUUCGAUUUCCAGAUGGCUCGUACCAAGCAGACCGCUCGUAAGUCCACUGGAGGCAAGGCUCCGAGGAAGCAGCUGGCGACAAAGGCCGCGAGAAAGUCUGCUCCGGCCACCGGCGGUGUGAAGAAGCCUCACAGGUUCCGACCCGGCACUGUGGCUCUUAGAGAGAUCAGGAAGUACCAGAAAAGCACCGAGCUUCUCAUCCGCAAACUUCCUUUCCAGAGACUGGUUCGUGAGAUCGCUCAGGAUUUCAAGACGGAUCUUCGAUUUCAGAGCAGCGCCGUCUCAGCUCUCCAGGAAGCGGCGGAGGCGUAUCUCGUGGGUUUGUUCGAAGACACAAAUCUUUGCGCGAUCCACGCGAAGAGGGUCACUAUCAUGCCUAAGGAUAUCCAGCUCGCGAGGAGGAUCAGAGGUGAAAGGGCUUGAACGAAGAAUUGUUCUCGAGUUUGAUCCUAGUAUCGUUAUCUGUUUCUAGCAUUUCAUCCUAAAAGAAAAUCCUUUUCGCUAUGGGUUUUGUAAAUCGUUUUGAACUUGGCACCCUUUGAUUUCAGCUGAUGGUUUGUUGUUGUCUUUAA